UUCAUCCGAGACAAGGGUCUUUGUUUCCACCUCCGUACUUCUUGUUGCCCAUCAUCAUAAUCCCAAGUUCCAGUAUAAAACAAAGGACAAUUCCCCAUUUUGCAAAAUAACUUCAUAUUUGCAUUGCAUUCAUCACCCUUCACCUUCUGCUUCGAUCGCUCUGCUAUAUAUUUAUCCUUAAUUGUAUCAAAUACAUAUAUAGUCCGUCUAUUUAAUAAAUUAAUUUGAAACAGAUCAAUCACACCAUGUCCAGGAUUCAUCCUUCUGAUCAGAGUAGAUGCAAUGGCCAUUUGUUGUUUAAGAAUCACAAAGACAGCAGGACGCGGCCACUUCAUCAUGAUGAUGAUAAACGUAAUGAUCCGUUACCAGCUGAUCCAUCUGUAAUGCUCACCGUAUGGAAGAGAUCCAGCAUGAGCUUCCAGGGUACCGAUGGAUUCACUGUUUUCGACCCACAUGGGAUAUUAGUUUUCAGGGUUGACAAUUAUUCCAGGAAGAAUGGUUAUGGUCUUGUCCUCAUGGACGGGGUUGGCAAUGCCUUACUUUCCUUGAUACCCAAGAUGCUAAGCAUGCAAGACCAGUGGAACGCAUACCGAGGAGAUCAAGACGGGUGUGAAAGGACGUCCAAAGUGUUCUCAAUGAGGAGCCCGUCAGUGCUUUCAGAUUUCCACGCUGGAGGCCGCAAACAUGUAGCACAGAUCUUCAUGGGAACACGAUUAGGUGGUCGUCGUCAUGAUCAAAACAUGCCAGAUUUCAAGAUUCAGGGAUCAUUCCGGUCGAGAGAUUGCAAGAUCGUUAAGACUUCUACCGGAGAAGUAGUGGCAAGGAUAUCUAGGAAGAGAGUGAACAACACUACCAUUUUACUGAGCGAUGAUGUGUUCAGCUUGGUGGUAAAGCCUGGUUUCGACACACACCUUAUCAUGGCUUUUGUGAUUGUAUUAGAUCGCAUCAGCAGCAAGCCCUUUUCUCCUUUUUUGUGUUCUUAAUUAAUUAUAUAUGGAUUCAAACCCAUCAUGUAGUCUAUAUAUCAUGCAUAAACCAAUUAAUUAAAACACGCAACAGAAUCCAAAA